GUUGACAAAGAUUCAUCAAACAUAAAAUGUCCACGUGGGGCCACGGCCUGACAACAGAAACAAUCCAACGCAUCUGAACCAACGCUAACCUCCACAGUCACCGCUUGAUCUUCAUCAAAAUCGUUUACUGUCUGCCCAAAAAGGUCAAAAUCUUACACCUGACCACAAACAAUAAGAUCCCACUUGCAACUUUUCUGGUCUUUCACUCUCUCUAAAGUUGCGGUCUUUUUUCACGGCCGACACUUUCUCAUAAACACAAACCAGAUUUCCACAGAAGAGAAACACAGAUCAAUCAGAAACUAAAAAAAAAAAAGGGGUUUAACAAGCGUAACAUAUUACGUAUAAGCAUACGUAUAUCUACGGUGAGAGAGAGAGAGAGAGAGAGAGAGAGAGAGAGAUGGAGGCUGAUAGGAGAAUGGGGGUGGCUGUGGAUUUCUCUGCAAGCAGCAAGAAUGCGUUGAAAUGGGCUGUGGAUAACGUUAUCCGGAAAGGGGAUCAUCUUAUCCUUAUUACCAUAAAACCUGAAGGACAUUAUGAGGAGGGCGAGAUGCAGCUUUGGGAAGUCACUGGUUCACCUUUUAUCCCUUUAAGCGAGUUCUCUGAUCCUGUUGUCAUGAAGAAGUAUGGGGUAAAGCCUGACCCCGAAACUUUGGACAUUGUCAGCACUGCUGCUAGGCAAAAAGAAGUUGAGGUGCUCAUGAAAAUUUUCUGGGGUGAUCCACGUGAAAAGUUAUGUGAGGCCAUUGAUAGUAUCCCUCUGAGCUGCAUAAUUGUAGGAAACAGAGGGCUUGGCAAGCUUAAGAGGGCUAUAAUGGGCAGUGUAAGCAACUAUGUGGUGAAUAAUGGUUCCUGCCCUGUUACUGUGGUGAAGCACCAUGACUAAGUGCUACGCAUGUUCUGAUGACUUAUUUCGCUGGCGUCUGGCCUGGUUUAUGUUAUGCAUCGGACGCGGAAUCAAGGUGUAUGAAAUAAAACUCUAGAUUUAAACCUUUUCUUUAAGUCAAACAAGCUUUAUGUUGUUGUUUAAGAUGGGGCUUUGUACAAACUACAAUUGCCGAUUAAGGGGUAAUGUGAGAAUAAAUUCUGCCUGCAGUUGUAGGAACUGCUGGAUGGUGUUUGUUUAGCAUAUUU